UCAGCAUCAAGCAGGGUAAUCGUCAAGCAGGGCACCACUUUAUUUGUAAUGACCUGCCUUAGCCAUGAGUGUCUGUUAAGCAUGUGAAGAGUGACUUUCCUUCACUAUUCAACAGUGCCUUUCCAGAUGACGUGCAAAGCCUGGUUAUAAGUCGUCCUUGCUUGGUGAUAUCAUCUCUCCCUUGGCCAGUGGUGUAACCAGGGCCAGGUUUUAUUUCCUGGUACAUUGACAUCACUUCCCCCUGAGCUUACCGUGAAGUUCAAGAGUGGCUGGUUAAAUGGAGCAAGAAUGUUUGGCUCUUAUUGCCACCUGUAUUCAAACCUCUCAGCUGCUAGUCCAGCAGUGGAUACUCAACAGACGGACAGUGAUUUUUGCAAUAGCAAGGAUUCUACAGCGCAGGCGCUUCCGCCGAUCAGCUGCUGUACUGCGGCGUAUACUCUCAGCCAGUGUUAGACGUAAGAGAGCCCUGCUACGACUACACCGGAAUGCCAUUGUCUCUGUGGUUACAAUGGUCUACUCAUCUUCUCCUGCUCUGCACUAUGAGCACGAGCUAAUGGCCUUGUCUGAGCGAUCACACUGGAUGCUCCCAAGAUGUAGUGAAUGGUGGGAGCGGAUGAUCUCUUCGGAACAGGAUGACAGAUGCUGGAUUUCUUUGUUUCGUAUGUCACGCUCUACCUUGAUGUAUAUUGCUGAGGAGCUGCGCCCUGCCUUGCAGCGUCGAGACACCGGCAUGCGCUCACAUAUACCCGUUGAAAAACGGGUUGCCAUGACCAUUUGGAAGCUAGCUCACCAUGAUAGCUACAAGACUGUCUCGGAGCUCUUUGGGGUCGGGAUUUCAUCAGCUUGUUCAAUAUUUGAAGAGGUGUGUGAGGAAAUCAACAGCAGGCUUCUGGCCCAAACCAUUCAGUUGGGAGAUCCACAACAAAUAAUGGAAGGCUUCAAGGAGAUGGGCUUCCCUAACUGUAUUGGUGCAAUAGAUGCGAUACAUAUCUCCAUCCUUUGCCCUCCUUUCUCUGCUGACUCCUACAUUAAUUGCAAAGGUUUCUAUUCAAUGGUGUUGCAGGCCCUGGUUGAUAGUAAAUCCCGUUUCACUGAUAUCUAUGUUGGUUUUCCUGAGCGAUGCCAUGAUUCCCGCAUCCUGCAUAACUCUCCAUUUUUCAACAGCAUGGAUGAGGGCACCUUUGGGCCACAGACUCCAACAGUAGUGGAAGGUGUUUCAAUGACUCCUGUCAUUAUUGGGGAUUCUGCAUACCCACUUCGCCCCUGGCUCAUGAAGCCAUACCCAGUGCCAAAAACAGAGGCUCAGGAGAAAUUCAAUGAGAGGCUUGCCAAGUGCCGAGUGUGUGUAGAGAGAGCGCUUGGAGUCCUGAGAGCUCGCUGGAGAUGUCUGCAGAUGAGACUGGAUGUACGAGAGAAGCUCAUCCCAGUAGUCAUAGCUACCUGCUGCAUCCUGCACAACAUCUGUGAGAUCAAAGGCGAUGAGUUGCUGGAACCACUGGAAAGUCCUGCAGCUUCUGAAAACCAGAGUGCUUCAGCCAGGCCAAGGGUGCCAUUGUCAGAAGCUGGACUUACUAAGAGAGCUUGCCAGAUCAGAGCAGCUUAUUGCUCCUAUUUUGAAAAGAACCCUUUGUAAAAGGUUGUUUGCCUGUGUCAUUUCUCUGGGUGGCAUGGUGUGACUAUAAUGCAUGUACCAUGAAAUACUAAAGUCUGCUAUGUGACACCUGGUUUUAUAUGCAUCAAAUAAAAGAUUAUGUUUUGGUCAUUGCUUUAUUUUGGAACAUUUUUUAAAAAACAGUAUUGCUAUUAUUCACAGUCAUGGUUUGUCUUGCAUAUUCUGAGACCAGGGUCAGAUAGGAAUGAGGGAGGUUGUGGUCUAAGAGUCAAGUACUAUAAAGCCCCUUUAUUCUUAUCUGAAGC